CUGCUCUGGAGCUGGACUUUUCUCCACUGCAACUGGCUGAAGCGGUGAGGCUGUACAUUCGGAGUCAUGCUGUACACGGAGCUGAUCCGACUGUGGGAUGAAGCCGUGCGGGCGGUGGAUGCCCAGGACUUGCACCGCGCUCUCGCCUCACUCAACCUUAUCACCGAGCCCACCUCUCGCACGCUGUUCGUCACCGCAGCCGUCCACCUCUCCCUGCGCCAGAUUGAUCUGGCAAUCAAAGCUUUGGAUCAGGUUAUUGCAAAGGAUGAGAGGCUUGCCGUAGGUUUCUUUCAAAGGGCUGCUGUGCACAUGAUGGCAAACAGACUGGAAGAGGCUCUACGUGACUGUAUGUGGGCACAGAAGUAUAUGCGAGACAAUGCUGUCAUUGACUACAAACAGCUGGGACUGCGCUAUAAACUCUACAGCUGGCAGGUCCUGUAUAAUGCAGCAGCGGUCUACUGCAGAAUGAACCAGUGGGAGAAAGCGGAACAAACACUGCUGUCGGCCUCCCAGGAGCGGGGUGGGCGGGGCAGCCAGAUGGACUCCGCUAUGAGCAACAUAGCAAGGAGGGAGGUGAUCGUUCCUCUCAUGGUCCCAGAAGGAUUGGUGUUCCGGCCCAGGAAGCAGGAUGUGGAGGAACUUCAUCCAAGAGACUUCCUGGGUAAAGCGGAGGUCAUAAUUUCUGACAUCCCAAAUGAUGACUUUGGAGGCUUUGAACCUCUCAGGUUGCAGAAACCUGGGUAUUAUGAGCCAAAGGUAGAGGAGGGUCAGGAUUCGCGCUACAUGCGCGUGAAGUGCAAGUAUGUGGCCCGAGGCGCGGGAGAGCUGACCGUUCCCGUUGGAGCGCACGUGUUCGUGUUCAGCGACAAUGACAGGGACGGUCUGGCUACAGUUAUAUACGACGGCAAGAGAGGCCUGCUUCCUAACCACCUGCUUGAACCUGUGACAAAAAAAACGAAAAGCAAAAAUAAAAAAGAUAGCCUGCCCCAUGGAAUCCCUCUCCCGCCCAGCCUGAAGCCGCCCACGCGCCCACAGACUGUGACUUCGUCUCCCCCAGACCUGGCCCCACCCUCUCCUUCCACAACACAGCCCAGCUCAGCAGGAUUACAGCAAGCCCAACAGCCCACCAGCCCCAUAGCCAACCCUGCCCAGCAGACUAAGGGAGCAGGAUCAGCCAUACUAAAGGUACACUACAGAUACACCAUAGCCCUCAGUGUACCACUAGACACACCGUACCAUGAGCUACAGGAGAGAAUCGCUCAGAAAUUAGGACAGCCUUCUGCAUUCAUUCGCCUUAGGCACAAGCAACAUGGGUCCCCAGUAUUGAGACCCCUGGAGGGGGACGGAAGAGUAGAGGGCCUGGCCAAGGUGGUAGAGUCGGGCCGAGCAACCCUGUGGUGUCAGCCCGAGGAUCCUCUGGCCGGCAGAACUAUUCUAUACCAGAUGGUGGCACUAUAUAACUAUGUGCCACAGGGCCCUGAGGACCUUGAGUUUAGUGAGGGGGACACCAUCGACGUCCUCAGUGAAGUGAAUGAAGAAUGGCUGGAGGGACACACUGGUGGAAAUAUUGGAAUUUUCCCAAGUUGCUUUGCCUAUAAAGAGUCAGAUAAAGUCAGACAAUAA